AUGAGUUCAACUACAAAUCAACAACCACCAUCAAACAUUACUGAAGAACAAAAACAAAAAACAGAUGAGCACGGUGUGCCGCUGUGGAUUCUUGCGCCUACCGAAGAAAAAACAUUACUGAAAGAGCACCAGGCUUGGACAGAGAAGAUGUGUGAAAAGGAGUUUUCAAACAAAAAAGAAGCAAUGGUGCAGUGUGUUGCACACUACGGAUCGCCAGCCAUGUUUAACAAACUGCGCGAAGCAUACAUUGAGCGCAAGAUUUCAUAUCGUGAGAAGCUUGACCAAGAGAACAAGACAUUAUGA